CGGUCAUGGCUCGUGAAUCCUUACUCUUUUCCUUUCGCUAUUGAAUUUUGAUAUGUCUAGGUAAAAUAUUCAAGGUAGGGCGCAGAUAGGUGGGUUUACAUUUUCACUAAAGCAGGCAGCAGCGUAUUAUUCACAUUUCACUUCUCAGUUGUCUGGUCGGUGUUCAUCGCUCGUCACGUGCGACCGACUGCAGUUGUUACUUGUUACUUGUACUCAUUACACGUUGGCGCGCCGUACUGUGCGCUGCAUAUGUUGUCCUGUGCUCGUUAUCUAAUACGUUUACGUUUGCUCGUGGUGUGGGUAAACCGUAUGCCUUUUAACUGUAAAUUAUAAUAGAAAUUGUAAACGGAGAAUCCUCGUUAAUCGAGCGUCGUGAAAGUUACAUUCAAGGCUCAUCGUUGUGUCAUGUGUGGCAGGCUGAUAUAUCCUGAAUUCCUGCUACAUAGCUAUUAAACCCGUGGACCAUGGCGUUCCCUGUUAUUCAUGUUACCACGAUUUUCAAUAAUACCGGUUUACUGCUAGAUGUUUAUUGUUAUCCAGACGUUUAAAAAUCAAAAGAGUCAUUGUUAUUGUUGUUAAUUAAACAUUUAAGUUUUCGACUUCAUCAUGGCAUUAGCUAAUGAGAGCAAAGAAGUGAUAGUAUUAAAAACUCAAAAGAAAGAUUUUACUUAUGUAAUGAAAUCUUUACUAGCCGGUGGCGUUGCUGGUAUGUGUUCAAAAACUACGGUAGCUCCUUUGGAUCGUAUCAAAAUCUUGUUACAAGCACAUAAUAAACAUUAUGCUAGUUUUGGAGUAUUCAGCGGUUUGGCAGAAAUAGUGAAACGCGAGAGUUUUGCUGCAUUAUAUAAAGGUAAUGGAGCGCAAAUGGUGAGAGUAUUUCCAUAUGCAGCUAUUCAAUUUACUUCUUUCGAGUUCUACAAGACUCUGUUGGGUUCAAUACUUGGCAAGGGAUCACAUAUUGGAAAAUUCAUGUCUGGUUCAUUAGCUGGUGUUACAGCAGUUACCUUCACGUAUCCUUUAGAUACCAUUAGAGCUCGAUUAGCGUUUCAAGUUACCGGUGAACAUGUAUAUAAUGGAAUAGCACAUACAGCCAAAUCUAUCGUACAAAAAGAAGGAGGAAUUAAAGCUCUAUAUCGCGGGUUUGUGCCAACAUUAUGUGGUAUGGUCCCGUAUGCCGGUUUAACAUUCUUUUGUUUUGAAACCAUUAAAAAGUUUUUUUUAAAAACGUUGCCGCUAAUUUUCAGUAAAUCGUCUAGUAAAGAUUCCGGUGGUGUAGUACUUACAGUACCGGCGAAAUUGGUUUGUGGAGGAUUAUCUGGAGCGUUUGCUCAAUGUGUUUCGUAUCCCUUAGAUGUAACUAGGCGGCGGAUGCAACUAGCUAAAAUGGAUCCUGCCACUGGCAAAUUUGGUCAUGGCAUGUUCAAAACUCUAAUAACUGUGUACAAAGUUGACGGUGUAGUGAAUGGAUUAUACAGAGGAAUGAGUAUAAACUUCCUCAGGGCUGUGCCUAUGGUAGCUGUGUCUUUUUCAACGUAUGAACUAAUGAAACAAACUCUUGAAUUGGACACUGGAGUUGAUUCAUGAACAUACUGUUGUUUUACAACUAUUUUAUUAUAUAGUUAUACAGUUUUAUAUUAUUCUAUGUUAUUUUACUUAUAAACAUAAUUUUAUUGUCUAGUUGUUACUUUGUUAAAAUAAUAUAUACCUAUUUAUAAAGGUACAUAUUAUAUAUAAAUAUAAGAUGUAUUUAGGUAUAACUGUAUAUAAAUAUACAGGGCUAUCCAAAUUUUGUUACAGUAAUUCUUACUCAUCAUGUAGCUUAACAGGCCAUGAGAAGGCCCAACGCUGCCAUCAUGAGAUAUGGUUUACAGUAAUUCUUACUAUAAAAUAAAUGUAUUAGCUAGUUACAAACUGGUUAUCAACUAGGUAUUAGUUUUACUAUAUUGUUCUAAUUUUAAUAAGCAAAUCAAAUAAGUAUGUUUCCAUUUUAAAAACUACCAUUUAAAAUACGUCUUCCUUGCCGAUAAAAAACCUUAUUUAAUAAUGAUUUUAUUUGAAAAUUGUUUUGCUUUUUUUUCGAUAAAAUUUCUGUUACAUGGAACUUUGAUAACCCUGUGUAUUGUAAUAUUGUUAUUACUUAUUAUAUGUUGAGGACUGUGACAAAGUUUGAAUAUUUUUUUAUAUUUAAUAAAUUAUUGUUAAUAUUUAUUACCAAAGAUACAUCAUGCAUUUAUCGAAUAAAGUUCAAAAUUUUACUUUUUA